GAAUUCAAUCACCUAACAUGUAGAGACUUGAAGAAUUAGCCAACGACCCCCCAAAUCUUGCUAUAUAUGAGGUAAUACUAAUUACUGUCAGUUCAGUGAAAUUGAAAAUGAAGGGAGUAGUAGUAAUAAUGAGAAUGGUAGCUCUAGUUGGGACCGUUGUUUUCUCAUUCCAUAUGAUUGAUAAUAAGUAUAGCAUGGCAUUAGCAGCAACACCAGUUACAUUUGUGUUUGGUGACUCCUUGACUGAAGUGGGAAACAACAAUUUUUUGCAGUACUCUCUUGCCAAAUCCAACUAUCCUUGGUAUGGAGUUGAUUAUCCUGGUGGCCAACCUACUGGCAGGUUCACUAAUGGCAGAACUAUUGGUGAUAUAAUAUCUGAGAAGCUUGGGAUUUCAUCACCGCCGCCAUAUCUUUCCCUGUCACCAAACGACGAUGCUGUUCUUAAGGGAGUCAAUUAUGCUUCGGGUGGAGCUGGAAUAUUGAACGACACAGGCUUAUACUUUAUCCAGAGAUUAACGUUCGAUGACCAAAUACAAUACUUCCAAAAAACAAGAGAUGUUAUGAGGUUCAAAAUUGGAGUAGAGAAUGCUACAAAGCUGUGUAAUGAGGCCUUGUACUUCAUCGGAAUCGGCAGCAAUGACUAUGUCAACAAUUAUUUACAACCAUUUUUGGCGGAUGGUCAGCAAUACACCCAUGACGAAUUCGUGCAACUAUUAACCUCCACUUUGGACAAACAACUUAGGAGACUGUACGAACUAGAUGCUAGAAAAAUAGUACUACAUGGUCUUGGUCCACUUGGGUGCAUUCCUUCGCAAAGGGUUAAGUCAAAAAAAGGGCAAUGUUUAAAGCGAGUGAAUGAAUGGGUACUCGAAUUCAACUCCAAAGUUAAAAGCCUCAUUACCUCUCUCAAUUCACGUCUCCCAAAGGCAGCCUUUAUGUUUGCUGAUACAUAUCCAGAUGUUCUUGACUUGAUCUCCAAUCCCACUGCCUAUGGCUUUAAAAUUUCAAACACUUCGUGCUGCAACGUAGACACAAGCAUUGGAGGGUUAUGUUUGCCCAAUUCAAAACUAUGUAGAAAUCGUAAAGAUUAUGUGUUCUGGGACGCAUUUCAUCCCUCUGAUGCAGCUAACCAAGUGCUUGCUCAGAAGCUUUUCUCUUCCAUGUUUUCUCAUAUGAAUCACACCCCUUCUUCUAUUGCCCCCGUCCCUCAGCCUAUGCUUAAUUAUUAGUACUUGACUACAUAAUAACCAAAUAUUUUCUAUUUAUAUAACUUGCAUGAUCAUGAGAUGGUUGAUAUUCAUCAAAUGUACUUAGUUAUUUACCACGGUACUAAUAAUUUAAGAUAUGUUUAUUUUUAGUUUACCUACAACUAAUAUGGCAUUAUGUAUUAUUAACCUAUGAAAACUAUAAAAAGCAAUUCAUUGAGUCUAUAUAUUUAUGUGAGCACAAGCUUGGUAACGGUACAAAAACUGAAAUAUGAUUAUUAAAAUUAUUGUCUUACCA